GAGAUGGAGCAACUUGGCUACCUCCCUCAGCUCUUAGCCUGGUGUUCCAUUCUUUCCUGGAUGGUGCCUCUUGAAGGUGCCCAGGAAACUUCUAGAGGUCUCUCUCCACCAGCCCCCAGCCUGUCUUUGUCCCCUGCAUACAGCAUCUUUUUCCGAGGAGAGUGGGUCCACUUGCAAUGCUCCCCCCCAGGAGGCGUGAGAGCAAGUGGGUUCCAGUUCCUUCGAAGGAAGGCUGAUGGUGAAUGGGACCAAGUAAUGCAAGGGACAGAAAAUACCCUGGAGGUCUCCACAGUACAUCUGAGGUCACAAGAAGCAUAUGUUUGCUCUUACCUGGAAGAGAGAAGCACAGGAAACUGGUCCUCACGGAGUAAAGAGGUUGCCUUCUCAGUCACUGAUCGUCCUCCUCCUCCUGUCUUCUCCAUCACCCCAAAGCGAGUCUUCUAUAUCCGAGGGGAAUCCAUAGACAUCACAUGUUCAGCUCCUGAUCAGCGUAGUGUGUCAAAGAUCUUCUUGUUCAAGGACGCAAAGCAGCUGUCGCUCAUCAGUACUUCAACCUUCAAAGUCACCCUGAGCCUAAAUCCACAAGAUACUGGAUGGUACUCCUGCAGAUACUGGGUUAUGGAAUCUGGACAGGAGAUCCCCGCCCAAGAAACAAAUUCCAUCAAUGUUUCAGUGAGAGACUAUCUUCCUUCUCCAGUCUUCUCCGUGAUGCCAAACCAAAAUAUCUACAUCAGUGGGGAAUCCAUAAACCUCACCUGCUCAGCUCCCAAUAAGCAUUAUGUGUCAUUAAGCCUCUUUUUCAAGGAUUGGCAUCUCAUCAGUACCUCACACUCUUUGCUCACCCGUCGCCUGUCUCCCCAAGAUGGUGGAAGGUACUCCUGCAGCUACAUCGGUGUGGAAUCUGGACAACAGAUCCGCUCCUGGGAAAGCAACGUCCUCCAUGUUAAAGUGAUGGAUCCGCCUCCUGCCCCACUGCUGGAAGUGGAUCCUCCGUCCGGAGAGGUGAAAGAAGGGGAUCCUCUGCUCAUCACUUGCUUGGCCAAUGGGAGCAACAAAGAGAGAAGAUUCCAUUUCAACAAGGAUGGGGAUGAGAUCUCCUCCAGCAGUGGAGGGUCUCUGAGGAGCCAAGGAGAACCAAGGGAUGCCUCUCCAAACUCCUCUGUCAGUAUUCAGCAGGCCAAGCCCAGCCACAAUGGGGAAUUUACUUGUAGCUAUGAGGAAGAAAUGGAUGGCCGAUGGAUCUCUUCCCCCUGGAGCCAGAAGGUGAACAUCACAGUUUUAGUGCAAGGUUCAUCUAUGCAACCGCUGGUAUACGCAUGGCUGGCUAUUCCACUUCUGAUCCUGACGGUGGCUCUCGCUUGCUAUUGUUGGAGGGAGAAGAAAAAGAGAGCAUCAAAACAGCUGCAAGAAUCUCAUCCACAACAAAACAAGCAGAAAGCAGAGCUGGACUAUCUUAGAACAUUGGCGACCCCAACAGCAACUCUACCUCCCAAGGACUCGGACGUCACCUAUGCCCACCUUGCCUCCUGCUUGCCCAAAGCUCCCACAGGACCAGCAACAGAGGAUGGACAUAAUCUGGAGGAGGAGGUGUCAUACAGUGAGCUUCUGUUUACACGCAUCAACAAAGCAUCAAAAUAAAGAGUUCAAGGAGCAGGAAGAAUAUACAAUGGCGGGGGGUGGGGGUGCUGGUACUGCUUUGCUAGCCCAAGCCAGAGACAUGCAACCCUUUGAGCCUGUUAGUGCAAUACGGCUGAGAGCAUCUUCCAUUGAAAUCAGCAGGGGGUUUUUUCAAUAAAAGUGAAUAAAUUUCAAUUAAAAUGAUUAAACAUUAAACUAUCCAAGUAAGGGGAUGGAGAGAAAGAUGGGGCAAAACAUCUUUAAAAGAAAUUGAGAAUAUUUGCUUUCCCCCUCCAACAUGUGGUUUGUCUGUAGCCCUUUGCUCCUUUCUUAGUUUGAUCGUACACAAAUCUAUGCUGCGGCCACAUCUGGAGUAGUGCAUGCAGUUCUGGUCACCGUAUCUGAAGAAGACAUUGCAGAACUGGUGAAGGUGCAGAAGAGGGCAACCAAGAUGUUCAAGGACCUGGAGCACCUUCCUGAUGAGGCAAGGCUACAACAUCUGGGGCUGUUUAGUUUAGAAAAGAGGCAACUGAGGGGAGACACAAUACAGGUCUAUAAAAUUAUGCAUGGUGUGGAGAGAGAAAUUUCUCUCUCUCUCGCAUAACACUAUAACAAGGGAUCAUCCCAUGAAAUUGAUUGCCAAGACACUGAGGACCUACAAAUGGAAGUACUUUUUCAUACAACACAUAAUAAACCUAUGGAAUUCUCUGCCACAAGAUGUGGUGACAGCUACCAGCCUGGAUGGCUUUAAGAAGGGCUUAGAUAAAUGCAUGGAGGACAAGUCUAUCCAUGGUCACUAGUCUGAGGGCUAUGGGCCACCUCCAGCUUCAGAAGCAAGAGGCCUCUAAAUCCCAGUUACAGGGGAACAAUAGCAGGAGAGAAGGCAUGCCCUCAACUCCUGCCUGUGUCUUCCAGCGGCAUCUGGUGGGCCACUGUGUGAAACAGGAUGCUGGACUAGAUAGGCCUUGGGCCUGAUCCAGCAUAGCUUUUCUUAUGUUCUUUCAGGAAUGAUCCUGCGCUCUGCCGGGGAUUGGAUUGUGGAGGCUGAGCAGUGAGUGGAUGGAUGGGUGGGUCACAGGCUUUGGCGGGAUGUGGCUUGGGCUAAAUAUGGCAUUUUUGUCCCCUCCUCUGUCAUUGGGGCCCUUCCACAUGGCAGCAAACAUCAGGAUAUGUGAAGUUUUCCUACAAAUUAUAAGUGUGAGUUUACUCACUGUUCACACACUCCCAGACUUCCGUCCUGGUCUAGCAUGUUUUUUGCUGGAUCACCUGCUGGCCAGCUCUUGUGGUCAAGAAGAACUAAUCCCUUUUGUAUUACUCCUUUUUCUGGCAAAUGGAGAAAAGGGAACUCUCCUGUGGAGCAACCAAACUGGCGGCCACCCAUUUCUGGGCACGGUUCGUCCCAGAGUGUGGUCUAAGGGCACCCGAUACGGCCACUUUGCUGAAGCUAAGCAGGUCUCGUGUAGUCAUUCCCUGGAUGGGAGACCCACAUAUGCCAUCUCUGAGGAUGGGGCUGUAGCUCAGCGGAAGAGCAUCUGCUUUGCACGCAGGAGGUCCCAGAUUCAAUCCCUGGCAGCAUUUCCUGGUAGGACUGGGAAAGACUCCAGCCUGAAACCUUAGAGAAUCACCACCAGUCAGCAUGGGCAGAUCAACCUCUUUGCCGCCCAUAGGCAAACAGGCUUUUGCCACUGCGGGGGGGGCGCAAGGGGAAGUCCCGCCCCCCCACCGCUUUGCCUCUAAAUAU